CGUAUGAGGGAAAGUUAUUUCGACCUGCAGGGCGAGGGAAACGAUUUCAUUUUGACCCUAGAGACAACUUUAACUCAUUAAUUUGAAGAUGGGAAAAGGAAAAAGAAAGAAGAAAAAGACCCAUCAAGAUCCAACAGAAGCAGAAAUCAACAAAAUACCUCACAGUUUUGUCAUGCACAGGGGGAAUGUGGGGAAAUAUGUGCUUCAACUUGAGAUGGACUUAAGACAUGUAAUGGAACCGUACACUGCUAGUAAUUUAAAGGUAAAUAAGAAAAAUGUUGUGAAGGACUUUGUUCAUGUUGCUGGACCUCUGGGUGUGACACACUUAAUGAUGCUGUCAAAAACUGAAAUUGGAACCUAUUUGAGGUUUUGCCGCAUACCUAGAGGACCAACACUGACAUUCAAAAUUCAAGAGUACUCACUUGUGAGAGAUGUGAUAUCUCUACUUAAGAAACCCAAGACAUUUGGAAGUCAAUUCAAAAAGCCACCUUUGUUGGUGUUGAAUGGAUUCUCCACGGAUAGCCUAUCAAUGAAGCUUAUGACAACAAUGUUUCAGAAUUUAUUUCCUUCAAUCAACAUCCAGAAGGUUCACCUCUCUGAGAUAAGACGAUGUGUUUUGUUGAAUUACAACUCAGACACUAAAGUUAUUGACUUCAGGCAUUAUAAUAUUCAAGCUGCUCCUAUUGGAAUAAGCCGUGGAGUGAAAAAACUGAUUCAAACAAAACUUCCUAAUAUGGCACAACUGAGUGAUAUCAGUGAUUAUGUCCUCAGAGGUGGUUGUGGUUAUGGCUCAGAGAGUGAAGGUGAAGAACCUGCUGACUCCAGGGUGACUUUACCACAGAAUGUGCCAGGAAGGGGAAAUGUUAAGGCACAACAAAGUGCAAUACGACUUACUGAGUUAGGGCCCCGAAUGAGCCUUCAGCUUGUGAAAAUUGAAGAAGGCUUGUGCUCAGGAGAGGUUCUUUUUCAUGAAUUUGUUAAAAAGACACCAGAGGAAAUAAGAGAGAUGAAAAGGCAUAGAGAAGAAGUGAGGAAAUUAAAGGAGCAAAGGAAGAAACAGCAACAAGAGAAUAUCAAGAGGAAAGAAAAAGAGAAAGCUUUAAACAAAGUGCGAAGUAUAGAGGGGCAGAAAAAGAAACAAAAGCUUGAGGAAGGUGAUGAUAACAGCGAUGAUGUUGCUAUGGAAACAGGCGACAUCAAGGACAAUGACGAUGCUGAUUGGUACAGACAGGAGGUUGGCGAAGAACCUGAUCCUGAGCUUUUUCCAAAAGUCCACAAAAAGAGUAGGCAAGAAGAUGUUGCAACAAUUCCUGGUAAAAAGAGGAAGCACUCUGAAAUAGUUGAUACCUCAAAAACCAUCAAGAUAUCCUCAAAACAAACAGAACAUCGAAAAUACAAGCAAGACAGAAAAGUCAAGAAAUCUGUGAAAGUAACACCAGUUAAAAAAGGUGUCAAGAAAGGAAAUAAUGUUAAAGUGAAAAGGAAGUCAAAAAAGUGAAGCAAAUUAUAACGUCUGACACCUGAACAUUGUUUCACACCCAAGAAAGGUGUUUUGUCUGCUAUCAAUCAAGAGGGUAGACUCCUAGUUGUCACUUUUCAAAUAACUAUUGUAGUGGGCUUUCUGACUUGGUUUGUAUUUAAUAAUGAGAUCAAUUUAAUUUGCAGUUGUUUAACUCAGAAAUGACACCGGCCUUGAAUUCAGAUGGAUGGAAAAAACUAUUGCAAGCUUUCAAUUACAAUUUAUUUUGCUCUGAAAUGGUACUAACCAAAAUGUUCAGUGUCCCAUUAAGAUGGUAGAUGCCAAAUUGUACUAACCAAAGUUAUUCUUUACUCUUCCAAUGUAAGAUUUCAAACUCCAAAACUUGUCAGCAUUCCAGUAAAACAACCCAACCCUCUUAUGAGUCCUCCCUCACUCCCCAUUAUUCUCCUUUUCCAAUCCUCUCUCUCCUUCCUUAUAUAGACUUCAAAAUGAUAGGAUAUUGUAUACUUUGGGGUUGACAUCACAGAUAAGAUCAUAAAUAUGGUAAAUAUGGUAUUAAAAUGAUAUACAUCCUCAGUUGGAGGAUGUGUAUACCUAAAUUUUGGCUUUUGGGGAGGAAGAGGAUGGCACAGUAUUCAGUGGGCAGGCUAGAUACAAAACGUCACAUCACAAGUGAUGUAAGGCGAGAGGAGGUAAGGUUGUUUACUGCCUACAGUGGGAAUCAGCAAAAGAAAAGGUCUACUUGAAACUGCAGGUGUCAGUCUAACAAUUGAAAUGCAACAACUGCUGAUUGUCUUGGGGAGCUUUCAGUUUUAUUUAAUAACAAGACAGGCCGCACAUUUAGCAUACACUGACACAACAGUUUGUAUUACUACACAACACUCUACCUUAGUACAUGAAGUUACUGUUAAGACUGCAUGUCUCCCUCUGGACAUGAAUGCCAAGUUCCAUCACAACAAAAGAAUAACAAGACAUUAAUAUACCAACAAAAA